AUGGAGAAAGCCCUUGUUUUACUUGCCUUCACAAUCGCCGCCACGGAGGGCUUUAUUUCACAUCACUCCUUGGUAUCGAGGAACUUGAAUGUCCGCAGCUUGUCGGCAGAUCCCGACGAAAAAACUGGUGUUUUCGCCGAUGAUGUUCAACAAGAGGCCAGGGAAGUUCUUCAAAAGGUCGGAUGGGCCAGUCCAAUUGAUGAUGGAGAGAUGACCUCGGAAGAUCCUUUUGUAAAACAGAUUGAUGCUGCUAUUCUAGCAGAUUACGGGUUCGGUUUGGAUGACUUGCUGAAUCCUGCAAAGGUGGUCAACUUGGAGCGAGAUCUAUUCAACCUUCGAAUUGAGCUGGCUUCCUUGACAGGUAACGAUGACUUGGAUGUGGCUGGACUGUCUACUGAAGAAUGUGACGGAGGCGGCGGUGGAGAAGAAGCCGAGAAAAUUAGGGCAAAGAUUUCCAAGAAAGAGACCGAUUUGGCCAUUGAACGCCGCAGUGUGUUCCGAGACUGGUUGAAGAAUAUCUUCGUAGGUCAAGCUGUUAUCAGUCUUGGUGUAAGCUAUAUCAUGGCAACAAAUCCAAGUGUUCUGUUUGGAGGAUUUAGCUGGUUCUACUCCUACAACAUGGACAUAUCCAUUCAAGUUUUAGGAUACUGGUUCUGGUGGUUGUUCAUCGUCCCUUCCCUAAGAUCAAGAAGACCCUCCGGCGCAGAGAAAAGGGCUCUGGAUAUCGCCUUCCUUGGGACCCCACUUAUAUCCAUCAUUGCCCCUGUAGCGACCAAGGAUACAGGGCUGAUUUGGCUGGCAAACUUUCUGGUUGUCAGCGGUGCAUACGGCUUUGCAUUCCUCGUUGAUAAUGAUGAUGAUGAAACGCAAGAUAAAUCCAAUCAACCAGAGUGGUUGAAAUUUAUCUACAAGUCUCUCGAUUUCGGCAGUGGAAGAGAGCGAGGCGCCCGAAAGUAG